AUGCCCAAUGACUUCCGGCCCCGAUUUCACAAUCCCGUGCCACUCCCCCCGGUAGACGAUUUCCGUCUAUCCACUAUCCUUCUGAAGCAUGUAAAUGAGGAGAACGAGGCUGUCAAGAAGGCACUUUUAAAUGUCACCGAACGCCAUCAGAAUGAUCUCAAGCAAGAGAUCAGGCGCCUGUUGACGGUUGAGCAGAAAAUCCAAUACCUUAAUAUAGAUGUCGCCAAAAGAGCACAUCUACUACGAAGAAAGGUCGCAAGCAGAAAGAGGAGGCUAGAAAAAGCCAUCGAGGGUUUGAAAAACGACAAGGACGGAUCGCUAUAUGCUGAUAUAAGGGAACUUAUGACUCUGGCAGUGCUGGUAAGUGCUCAAGUUCAGGGCUUAGCGAAUCUGGCUCUAGAAUACGAGCGGUCGAAAAAUGGCCCACUUUCGGGACCUGAUCCUCACAAAUACCCACGACUAGCAUCAUUUUUCGGCACAGGCACCGAAUCGGUCGAUGUGGACUCGACAGAGAGCGAGGUGGUGGAUGGGUACAUCGACAACAGAGAUCACCAGCUACACCACAGGGACAGUCAUGAGUCCCAUUUUGACGAUAACUUCGACAGUGUGUCCAACGGAUUCCAGACGGCAUUCAGUGAGCCUGCAUUCCCGAAAAAUGCCACAGGGGAAGGCUCGAACUCGGGCGAUCUUAGUCCUGAUGAUAACGAGCUAGGUGCUUCCUCCUCCGAGGAAGAGCAAAGUGCCCCACCGUCGCCUAAAACAACCGAGGCUAAGCUUGUCAAAGAGCCCAGUCCUGAAGAAGUGACUGCCGAAAUGUUCGAACAGAUCAUGGAUUUGAACAUUUCAAAGUAUAGGCUGCAACGACAACGCAAAUACGACGAGCUUGAUCUAUUCGGGCCUCAAGUCACCCUGGCACAGCCAUCUACGGCAACCAAAAAUAAGUCCAAUCCUUUACGAUUGCUUUAUUCCUCACUGGCUUUGGCCAAUAGCGACAUGCUCAAAGCACGCACUGUGGAAGCGGAAUCGCUCAAGUCACCUUUCGUCAAUUCCAAAUCUGUGGCUACAGUGCUGCCAACCCCGCAAACCUCUCUUCAUAAAAAGUUGAGGAUCAGAGUGCAGCCAUUGAGGUAUAAUAAGAAGAACGACAAUUGUUCUUGUCAGGAGUCUGAGAGAGAAGGAGAAGCCAGUAUCGAUUCAUCGCCAGCAAAGGAGGCACUCACAAAAACGCUUAAUAAUUUUCUGGAUUCAGCAAUUGCGGAAGAUCAAGAUAAUGAGUUGGACGACGAUGUAUGGAAUUCCUCCGCGUAUCAGACAGACACUGAUGAGGAAGCGACGAGCAGCUCAGACGAUACAGAGAGCCAAGAUGCAUCAGUGGAUAAUCCCCUCGAUAUUUCUGCCGAAGAUUAUCAGUCGUUUCGAAAGGACUUGGCCAAAGCACGUAAGAAGAAGAGCCAAAGAAGCGUUAUCGAAAGUCCCAUAAGAGAGUUCUCGCCCACACCGAAGCAUCAGCCUUCUCAUCGAACGCUCAAACCCAAGGGUUCUAUUCUCAAAAUAUCCAAUGGCACAAGGCGCAAGAACAAGGCUACGUCGUUUCUGCGCAGUCAAUCUAGGAACUGCAUCACCCUGGUCAACGGGCUGCCUUUGAAAGCCAGCUCUCCGCUUCCCGAGAGUGCAACUCACACUCCUUACAGAGCGAGUCCACGAGCAUCCUUUGUUAAUGAGGUAUCUGCCUUGGGUAUGAUACUCGGAAGCGAGCCGCCCAGAGCAGAGGAGUCUGACGAAAACAGGGACAAUAGCAUCGAAGAUGAGGAGUCUCUCGACAACGAAAGCGCCAAGUCUGACAACAGAGACGGCGGCGACUACAAAAGUAUUGAUCGGUUACGGAGUUUAUUAGUUUAA